CCUUUUUCUCUUUUUCUUUUCAAUAAUGGCUUUUUCAUCAUCUGCUAGAUGCCCAAUUGACCCGAGAAAUGGAUCGAAGAACAGUUUUUGUCCGGCGGGUGAAAUCCAUGUUAUUGUUGGUCCUAUGUUUGCUGGAAAAACCACUGCUCUUCUUCGCCGGGUCAAUUUGGAAUCCAACGAUGGGAGAAAUGUGGUGAUGAUAAAGUCAAGUAAAGAUACAAGAUAUGCUGUAGAUGCAGUGGUGACACAUGAUGGGACAAAAUUUCCAUGUUGGUCAUUGCCGGAUCUUUCAUCUUUCAAACAGAGAUUUGGAGAAGAUGCAUAUGAAAAGGUGGAUGUGAUCGGCAUUGAUGAAGCUCAGUUCUUUGGGGACCUUUAUGAGUUCUGCUGCAAUGCUGCUGAUCUUGAUGGGAAAACUGUAAUUGUUGCAGGCCUAGAUGGUGAUUACUUGAGGAAGAGUUUUGGUUCAGUGCUUGACAUAAUUCCACUUGCUGAUACUGUAACAAAGUUGACUGCUAGAUGUGAGCUGUGUAACAGAAGGGCAUUUUUCACCUUUAGAAAGACUAAUGAGACAGAAACUGAGCUUAUAGGAGGUGCUGAUAUGUACAUGCCUGUUUGCCGUCAGCACUAUGUUAAUGGACAAUCUGUCAAUGAAUCUGCAAAAAUGGUUCUUGAAUCUCAUAAAGUGUCAAGUGACCUUAUUUUAGAAUCUGCACUAGUUGCUCCAUAAUACACUUGUGUUCAACGCUUUUAUAUUAUCAUGUAUCUUAAUUACCCAAGUAUGUAAGUAAAUGAACUUGUUUUGCUGAAUUCUGAUAAAUAUAUAUAUA